UAGAGGUACGGUGCGCGCUGCAGAUGAAACAUGGCAGGAGACAGCGAGACAAAGCCAGGUGACCAAGCCGAAAAUGACUCAAAUAUUCGGCAGCCAUUCCUCAUCGGUGUGGCCGGAGGGACAGCCAGCGGGAAGUCGUCAGUGUGCAGUAAAAUCAUGGAGCUGCUGGGCCAGAACGAGAUCGACCACCACCAGCGGCAAGUGGCCAUCCUCAGCCAGGACUGCUUCUACAGGGCCCUGACCCCGGAACAGAAGGCUAAGGCGCUCAAGGGCCAGUUCAACUUUGACCACCCAGAUGCAUUUGACAAUGACCUCAUAAUCGCGACCCUGUGGGACAUCAAGGAGGGGAAAACAGUCCACAUUCCUGUUUAUGACUUUGUUUCCCAUUCCAGGAAAGAAGAGACCAUGACAUUGUACCCUGCUGACGUGGUGCUGUUUGAGGGCAUCUUGAUGUUCUACUCUCAGGAGAUUCGAGACUUUUUCCACAUGAAGCUGUUCGUGGAUACGGAUGCAGACACUCGUCUGUCACGGAGAGUGCUCCGUGACAUCAGUGAACGUGGUCGGGAUUUGGAAAGCGUUCUAGCCCAAUACAUCACCUUUGUCAAGCCUGCUUUUGAAGAGUUUUGUCUGCCGACAAAGAAAUAUGCUGAUGUGAUAAUACCGAGAGGAGUUGACAACAUUGUUGCAAUAAAUCUCAUCGUUCAGCACAUCCAGGACAUUCUGAACGGCGGUUUGACCAAACGGAUGAACGGGUGGUUCAGCGGUUAUGGGACGGAGAAGAAGCAGCCGAACAUAGAGUCGAGCAGUCGGCCCCACUGAAGCUCAUCACUCCUUCAGGGAAGAGGAGAAUGGUUUGCCUGAGUGUGCUGCUCUUCGUCAUGGCUACUGCAGCAAGGCAGCAUAACUUCCGGGAAUUCAAAAAGCCUCCUUUUGGUGCGAUUCUGCUUAGACUUAUUCAAAUGAAAGGAGGCUUUGUGGAGCUGGUUCGCAGCAGAGGUAUUCAGUUAAAAUUUUCUCUUUAACUUGUGUACUGGAUGACACUGAUCGAGGGAGGAGUGAAAAAAGGCACUCACUUUUAAUUUCAUUUCAAACUGCUGCUUGCCUUUAAUCCAGCACUGAGCUGGAGAAACUGUCUGCAAAAAGAUUCACACACUCGACAGCCUUUAACAAUCCAAUAAAUGAAGUGAAGUGACAUGCUGCUGAUUCCCUGUACCGGUGCAAACUAACAUUUUUCUUUUUCAAGAUCUGUUUAAAAAUAAUUAAACAAAAAGCUCAGCUCAAACAACCAAUUUAUGCCUCAAACACCCGAUGUACUACAUCACCGCCAAAGAUGGUUUUUGUGGACUAAAUAUGGAGUUUAAUUUUGCUGUUACCCAUUUAAUAUUAAGAAAUCAGGAAAAUUUAUCAUUUUAAGAAAUUACCACAAAGUAUAAUUUUUCCUUGUAACUGUCAGAUGCAUGUUAAGAUGUUUUCAUUAAAAGAAGAUGGACUGAACUCUAAAAGGAGAUUGAUUUAAUAUGAUGAUGUUUCUUUUCUGUAUGUUUGACUGCUCAGGUACUGUUAU